UGGGUCUAUUUGGCAUUCCCUUUUGCUAUCAAGUUUCAUGUUUGGUAUGUCUCAAUGGCUGACAUUAUUGAUAUUUCGUCGUUAGUGUCUUCAUCUGUUAUUCAAACGAUAGAUUUCAGGGUUUUUGCAUCCCUAUGGUGUGGGGUGAAAGAUUUCGAUUGUUUCAAUGAAUCAAAUGAGCAGUCGUCUUUGUUUGAUAGCCUAAAACAAAGUGGAUCUCUACUAUCUGGGCUAAAUGGUAAUGUUGAUAAAUGUGUGCAUGCAGUAGGUGAAGAUUGUAGGACUACAGUUUGGACUUACCAAAUUGGCGAGAAAGAUGGGGUAUUAGAUUCAUUCCAACCUGAUGAACAGCUCAAGAAGAAGAAGAAAAUUUCAUAUGUUAGGAGACGAAGAGAUGUAUAUCAGACUCUUGGACCCAGUUCUGCAGCUGAAUCAGCCACUCUGCUGGCAUUUGGAAGUCUUUUCACCUCUCCAUAUAGAGGUUCAGAGCUGUACAUCGAUAUUCAUGAAGCUCCAAGAGAUCAGCGGAUACAGUCUUUGAUUAAAAAGAUUGAAUUUCUUCAUUUUCUCCCUGAAAUUUUGAGUGCAGGAAAGGAGUUUGCUGAUAAGAACAUAAAUGCCCAUUUUCUUUGUGCACAGCUCAGAUUGUUAGAUGGGCAGUUCAAGAAUCAUUGAAAAGCUACUUUUCUGAGUUUAAAACAGAAAGUAGAAUCUUUGGGACAGAGUCCUCUCCCUAUUCAUAUUUUUGUGAUGACUGAUCUUCCCGAAGGUAAUUGGACUGGAAGUUACUUGGGGGAUUUGGCUGGAGAUUCACAUCAUUUUAAGCUGCAUUUUCUGAGAGAAGAAGAUGAGUUAGUAUUAAAAACAUCCAAAAAAGUUGUGGCUGCUAAGCAUAGCCUGAGGUUUGCAUUUGUUCCAGAGAGCAUGGGUGGACUAAAAAAACAUUGCCCUUCUGAGAGAUUACCUGAUGUACUUCUAUUCAUAGAGGAAGCUGUUUGCAGCUGCGCUUCACUUGGUUUUGUUGGGACUGUGGGGUCUACUAUUGCAGAGAGUGUAGAGCUUAUGAGAAAAUUUGGCACAUGUGCAAG